UCUCCCACCACGUGUCCUCGCGUUCCCUCCCGAGGGGCCGCGCGCUCGGGCAGCCGGAGAGACGGCAGGGAUGGCGCUGUGACAGCCGGGCCGGAGCCCUCGGCGUCUGCCCGCGCCCCGGCCCGCGCCCCGGCCGCCGGCCCUGCGACAUGGAGUCCACAGCCUGCCCUCUCAAUUUGACCCUGAAAGUAGAGGAAGAGGAAGAAGAGAUUCGGGAACUGGAGGAUGGCCCAACAGACAUGCAGAAGGUCCGGAUCUCAGAAGGCGGAUGGGUGCCGGCCCUAUUUGAUGAGGUGGCCAUAUAUUUCUCCGAUGAGGAGUGGGAAGUUUUGACCGAGCAACAAAAGGCUCUGUACCGGGAAGUCAUGAGGAUGAAUUAUGAAACUGUCCUGUCCCUGGAAUUCCCGUUCCCAAAGCCGGACAUGAUCUCUCGGCUGGAAGGGGAGGAGGAGCCUCAGAAUUCCGACGGAUGGCAGCUCCCAGGAGGAACCUUCGCAGAAAAUGAAGAUCCUGACGUGAAGCCCCCAGACUGGGUGGGCCCGAUGCAGGCUGCCUCCCCGUGUGCCCAGCCGCAGCCCCUGGACGGCUUUGGCCUCCGCCUGCCACGGGACAUCGCCGAGCUGCCCGAGUGGAGCGAGGGCUACCCCUUCUACAUGGCCAUGGGCUUCCCGGGCUACGAGCUCGCGGCGGACGACCUGGCGGCGAAGUUCCAGUUCAGCCGGGGCAUACGCCGCAGUUACGACGCGGGGUUCAAGCUGAUGGUGGUGGAGUACGCCGAGAGCACCAACAACUGCCAGGCGGCCAAGCAGUUUGGGGUGCUGGAAAAGAACGUGCGGGACUGGCGCAAGGUGAAGCCGCAGCUGCAGAACGCGCACGCCAUGCGGCGGGCGUUCCGGGGCCCGAAGAACGGGCGCUUCGCGCUGGUGGACCAGCGGGUGGCGGAGUACGUCCGGUACAUGCAGGCCAAGGGGGACCCGAUCACCAGGGAGGCCAUGCAGCUGAAAGCUCUGGAGAUCGCCCAGGAGAUGAAUAUUCCGGAGAAGGGGUUCAAGGCCAGCCUGGGUUGGUGUCGACGAAUGAUGCGAAGGUAUGACCUGUCCCUGAGGCAUAAGGUGCCGGUGCCCCAGCAACUGCCUGAAGACCUGACGGAGAAACUCGUCACCUACCAGCGCAGCGUCCUGGCUCUGCGCAGGGCACAUGACUACCAGGUGGCUCAGAUGGGAAAUGCAGAUGAGACGCCCAUUUGUUUAGAGGUGCCGUCGAGGGUGACUGUUGACAACCAGGGUGAAAAGCCCGUCUUGGUGAAGACGCCUGGCAGGGAGAAACUGAAGAUCACAGCCAUGCUCGGCGUCUUGGCCGAUGGCAGGAAAUUGCCCCCGUAUAUCAUUUUAAGGGGCACAUACAUCCCCCCCGGGAAGUUCCCCAGCGGGAUGGAAAUCCGCUGUCACCGCUACGGUUGGAUGACCGAGGAUUUGAUGCAGGACUGGCUGGAAGUGGUGUGGAGACGCAGGACGGGCGCGGCGCCCAAGCAGCGAGGGAUGCUGAUCCUGAACAGCUUCCGGGGCCACGCCACCGACUCCGUGAAGAGCUCCAUGGAGAACAUGAACACUGACAUGGUCAUCAUCCCCGGGGGCCUGACCUCGCAGCUGCAGGUGUUGGAUGUGGUGGUCUACAAGCCGCUGAACGACAGCGUGCGGGCCCAGUACUCCAACUGGCUUCUGGCGGGGAACCUGGCGCUGAGCCCCACCGGCAAUGCCAAGAAGCCGCCCCUCGGCCUCUUCCUGGAGUGGGUCAUGGUCGCCUGGAAUAGCAUCCCGAGUGAAUCCAUCAUCCAGGGGUUCAAGAAGUGCCACAUCUCCAGCAACUUGGAAGACGAAGAUGACGUCCUGUGGGAAAUCGAGAGCGAGUUGCCAGGAGGCGGGGAACCGCCCAAGGACUGUGACGCAGAGAGCAACUGAAGGGACAGCCCAGCACAUGGAACUGUGUUUGAAACAGUUGGUCAGGAAAAUCCUUACGAUUCCUCGCAGUGUGGACGCACAGGUCGCAGCAGGAAAGGCCGUGGGGCGGGAACAGCCAGGUCCGACAGCCGUCCGUGCAUCCCAUCCCGGGACACAGCCCACCCCACCCACCCCACAGCCAGGUGUCUGAAAAGUCUGGGAUCCUUCAUUUCAUCAGAGACGUGACUGGGAAAGAAACUGCUUCUGCCCCAUUCCUCACGGAGAUGACUCCACGUGUCCAUCAGAAGAAACCUGUAAAUAUGAUGAACAAACGAAGGUGUCUCCUGAAGAAGAGACCGUUUGUUCAGCUCCAACAAGAGACUCAUCAUACGCGCCCCAGUCCACCGGUGUCCUUUUCUGGGGAGAAAACCUCAAGCAAAUCAUCAUUUUCUUCUGCCCUUAACAAUGCUUCCAAGAGUAGAGCCUGUCCUCAGCAGGUCAAGACUGUGGAGAAGGCUUCGUAGAAACGUGUCAUUGAUGUACACCUGCUACUUAACACAUUUCCUCUUUUAGAAGAAUGACAUACUAAGGGUAAUUCAGACGUACUGGCCUGGUGCCAGCAGAUGGCUUUUCUAUGACGAACUAGUUUCGUGGGGAAGGUACAGGUUAAAAAACUGUGCUGUCUUAUUUAUCUUCCCAGUCUGGUUGGCAGCUAGACCUUUUCCGGGUCUCAUUUAACGGCCCUAGUUGUCCUUAUUAUAUUUAAUGGUAGGGCAGCAUUUAGUAUACAUGUUCUUCAGUUUCUCAGGCUGCCUGCAGAAGUCAGCACACGUCAUCUGCUGUCUCCAUGGUACAAGGUUCACUGACUCACCUGACAUUGGUAAUUUCUUUAAUACUUUCUUCAUGAGGGUCGUGCGAGGGCCUUUAGCUACAGCUGUUUCGAGAAUUCUACUCCUUCCACCCUGCAGGAAUGGGGGGGAGGUCUUUGAGUUUUUCCACGCUUAGUCAUUUGCAUUCCCACAUAAGUCGAGUGUUAUGAAAACAUUCCUUCAGAGCUAUCUGUGCUACAGAAAAUAUGCCAGAACCUUACCGACAAAGCCAUUGCUGGAAAUGUCAUUCCAAUGUCAAAUCUGGUAACAGGCUACUACCACUUUCCCGUCCUACAGACUCAGCUUAUUUGUGUAUGAUACUGUUCUUGGCAUCUUGAAACACCUAUUUCUACUCAGGUACUCAUUUUCCUAGUAGUGAUGCACUUUUCUCAUUUUUUUAAAACCAGUUGUCCUCCAAGAGGGGAAAUCUCACUUCAUUUCUGGUAUCUGAAUAACUUUCAAUAAUUGAAUUGUUUCCCCACUUGCAAACUGUACUGUAUUCUUUGUCAUCUCAAAUGGCAUCUAAACCCAGCUACUUUGCAUUCCAGAAGUUUCCAUUCCCUCCACUUCCACUUAAUUUAUCCUCCAUUUUCCUGGUUCCCGGCACUUUCCUCUUGAUGUCGUUUUACUUGCUUUUGGGGAGCUUAAAGGAUUUUUCCAAACCCUAAUUUUGGGUUCCUGCCUUGGAGCCAUAUUUAUCUCGCAGAGAAGAGUAGAAAAUGGGUUCAACUCCUGAUUCAUUCCACCAACACGUCCUCGAGUCUCAUCCGCUGAUAGAAGAUGCCUUAGAGCUUCCACAGCACUGGAACCUUCCGAGAGUGAUGGCUCUACUGUCAGGGUUCUCCUGGGCGCGCGCUUCCACUGACUUAGCUACGACCUACGUCCGACAGAGCCCCAGUGCAACCAGUCUGCAGAAGGGCUAGUCCCCUAGAGUUACUAUAGCACACACUGACACAUAGCUGUCCCCCCACUAGGUAGGAACUGACCCCAACAAUAAACUUUGGUAAUAAAGA